UCUUCUAUAAUUUUUUCUGCAUAAUUAUUGGAGAUAUAUAGUGAUAGUAGUUACAAUUUAGUGGUGAUCGGAACCAUGGGAAAAUUGCCAGCGCCGGUGAACGGUGGUGGCGCCGUGCUUAAGAGAAAGACACCUUCAGAACUUCGGGGAGAGCAGUUGAAGAGGGGAAGUGCUGUCACUGAUAAAUCUUCACUCCCAUUGAGUGAUACUACAAACACCGAUGUGGUGGAUAAUGUGGAUAAGAGACCAGGGCUGUUGAGGAGCCCAAAAUACACCAAUAAGCGUGUUGAUGAAGUAUUUCCUGCCAGAAAGUCCAGGUUUGGAGUUGUUUCUGGAAAAGAAAAUGCAAAGGUUAGUUUAUUUGCCAAACUCAUGAUUCUUAUUCAGGAAAAUCCAUCUUUGGAGAAAACUACUACUAGUAACUUGAAGAAUGUUUUGGUUUUUUCUACUUCAGCUGCCAAGAGACAGCAAGGGAGUUCAUGCAUGGAGAAUUCUGCUACUUCAGGUGAAGUUAACAAGGAUGGUAUAUUGCAAGCUUGUCAAACAACUGCCGAGUGUAGCCAAGCCAAUUUUCGAAGUGUUUCUGAGCUUUCAUCAGCUGCUGAUAAAUCUUCUGGAUUGACUGCAGUUGAUGUGGGCAAAGCAUUAAGAGGUCUGGCUGCACCAAAGCCAUGUGCCCGAAAUGGUUUAGCUGCUGACUCAACUGAAAGAUGUGGGGAUAUGACAUCAAGCUUUGCAGCCAAUUCCAUAUCCGAAUACCAUGUUCCCGGCCGGAAGGCUCCUCUGGAUCUCACUUUAAAGACCAGUAUGCGGGUGGUAUCAUCCUCUUCUUUGAAUUGUUUCAGGGUCCAGAGGUCACUUACGUAUCAUAUCAAGCCCAAAUUCUCCUUCCAGCAAUGUACUACAACAGGUCAAAAUGUGAGAGGCUCCCAGGGCUUCAAGGUUUUGCACUCGUGGAUGUAUCCUCAAUCCAUCCUGCCACCAUCUCUCACAUCAGUGCUAAGCUCAUCAACAGCAGAUGCAGAAUUGGACUUCUUAAGGAAACGACAAGUUGCUUGGGAAGAAUCAUUCCAGGACCUCUAUUACAUGCUUCGAAAUAACACUUGUGUCAUCUUUUAUGUUUGCACUUCUCAGUUUGUCGUCAUGUUUACUGGUGGUGACAGCUCUGGGAGUCCCAAAUGCUUCUGCAAUGCUUAUAUCUCUCGGUCAACCAGGGGUUUGAGAUCACUGUUAAGAGAAAACGAUGUUUAUUUCUCAAUGCCUCUUUGCCAUUCUAAAGUGGAGCAAGUUGCUACAGAGUAUUUGGUUGAGCUGUCAGAGAUAGAGAAACAUAAUCUGGGGCAGACUCGAGGAUUAAGGUCUUACUCUGAAGUCGAUAAUAGCCCACAAUCUUUGCUGAUUUUCAGUGGCAACAAGAGUGUACAUGGUUUGUAUGAUCUCUUGCUAAAUUACAGAUCUUUCUUUACCUCGCUAUCCAGUACCGAUGUACCUUUGUUGUGCUCUCCUGCACCAUUUCGAAAUGCUGCAUUUUCUUCUCCUGAUGUUAAAUGCAUGGAGAUGAGAAAAGCUGAACAUAUUGCCACCUCUUAUGAUCAUUCUACUUUGGAAAACGGUGAAUUUGCACAGGGUUCAUCCGAUAGCCUUUGUUGUAGCAUUGAAAUAAAAGAUACAAUUCUUCCACCAUGGAUUAUUUGUGGUGCAUGUGCCUUGCUGGCUUCUGAAGGAAGAAACUUUGAGGCAAGUUUUGUCAUGGAACCUAGCUCAGUUGGUUUGAACAUUGCCUUAGAAUCAACUAGCGAGAAGCCAGAAUCCGAAGCUGGUAGUAGCGAAAGCUUGCAAGGCCACAGCAAUACAUUUGGAAUUCCAGAAGCUAUCGUCGCCCCUUGCUUGAAAUCGUGUUCAGUAAAAGGCUUAAAGUACUUUCGUGACUCUUAUACAGCUUCUCUAUCACCUGUGUGAUCAUGACCAAUGAUCAUCAAUGAAUUUUCCUCAUAUUGCUGAGUAGUUUAUAUAUUUCAAGGCUCUUUCCGCUUACCCUAAAGAAAAAUAAUGAAGUGAAGGAUUCCCUUCUUGUAUUUCAACAUCAAAUAGUAACUUACCCUUUUAGUUCAUAGAAAUACUGUCUUCCAGAGCUAAUGCUUUAGAGUGCUGAAUCACACAAACAGUAACACCAUACAACUAAUAUUUUAGUAUUUCUUUGGCAAUAAUUUAUUGAAUUCCAAAAUUGUUAGUGACAAUGAAUUGGAACUCAAAAGAUAAAUGAACUUUUCCUUAGACAUAAACCACAAAACAUAGAAGUGAACUUUCUUUGGCACAUGGAUUAUUUAGCACAUGAUUGUCCAUGUGCUAAUGCCUAAUGUCUUGAAUCUGUUAUGUGGGUUCAACCAAACAUCGUCAGAUAUGAACUAACUCGGAAUCUAAUCAAUAGUUACCUAACCAAAUUCACAGAGAUAGUUGACACUAUGAGUAAAAUAAAGAACGAUCUGUAUGUCUUAAAACUAGUUUGACUUUCGUUGUCAAUUUGAAAAUUACUUAGUAAAAUGAUAUGUAAGUACUUAUGUAAACAGUAAACUUUCAUUGAGAAGAUUAAAUUUAUUCAUUUUAAUUUGCACGUGUUAUUGAAACUACACUACACACUAACAGAAAGUUAAACAAAUAAUUUUCCUGGAAUAUUCCUUUUCUUGUUCUUUGCCUUAAUUUUCUCCUCUAAUAAUAUUCACACAACGUAACUUUCCUAAAGGGGUCACCAAUCUUGUUCAUUGACCUGCCAGGCUUUUGGUCAAAGAUCGUGUUCUAUGAUAUUUCUAUUCAAAGAAUGCAAACCCCUAAUAUGAUCAUCCCCCGGUCAAAACUUCCAGAAAAGGAUUAUAUCCAAUUUAAAUUUUAUUUCCAAAAAAAAAAACAUAUAACUAAAAUUAAAGCUCUAUGCUGUAAUUUUUAAAAUUCGAUCUAUCUGAAUUAUUCAAAAUAAAAAAAUAGGAAGAUAUAAGCCAACAUAAGGAAAUAAUGAACACGUGAGAGUACUGCAAAACAUGUUUAAAAAAUAAAAUAAAAAAAUUAAAAUAAUAUUCAAGAUCAUUAAUUAUAAACUAAAAGUAUACAAGUGGAGGUUUGGAAAUUAUGGUACAUUUGAAUGUGAAAGACUGAGGCUCUAAGAUUAUGCACACAAAGCUGCACUUGGUAGAAAUUUGAGGUUGAGAAUAGACACUACAUAAAGAUUAGGGACACUUGCAUGAAUAGGCAUAGUCAUAUACAAGAGAGGAAUGAGGAUUGUC